UGAAGCAGUUCUCAUUUUGCGCACCUAUCUGCAGCAGCCUCGAAGAUUCAGAAGCUGUUUCUUUUUAAAUCAUUGUUUGUGAUAUACGCAUUAUCUACAUCAGUGUGAUCUAACCUGAGAAGUAUCCAGAAAGGAAGAAUAGCACCAAGUGAUAUUAUCAGAUUUUAUCACAUUCUAUCUUAGAUUACAUCGGAAAGUACGAGACAACUACUCAGGAAACCACUGCUCGACGAGGCCACGACAAGACUAAUCGAGCCGGUCCUCCGUUGGGUUGGAGCCGCUACAUCAAUCAGUAAACCUUUGGCCAGUUUAUGAUAACAUAAGAUUAAGAACAAAAUGAGUAUUCCAAGAUUAGACAUUGUUGUCUUUGGUGCUACUGGCUUUACUGGAAAAUAUGCAGUGCAUGAAGUUCUUAAAUUGUCCAAGGAUAAAGGUGGCUUAUCUUGGGGUGUGUCAGGAAGAAAUGAAAAGAAACUGCGAGAUGUUCUUAAAGAAGUGUCAGAGAAAUCGGGGGAAGAUCUAAGCAACAUUGAAAUAAUAGUUGCUGAUGUUUCAAAAGAAGAAACUUUGUUAAAAAUGGCUGCAAGAGCUAAAGUUGUAGUGAACUGUGCUGGUCCAUAUCGUUUUUAUGGAGAACCUGUAGUAAAAGCAUGUAUUGCAAGUGGCACACAUCACGUUGAUGUCAGUGGAGAACCUCAGUACAUGGAAAGAAUGCAACUUGAAUACCAUGAAGCUGCGGAGAAGAAGGGUGUCUAUAUUGUUAGUGCUUGUGGAUUUGAUAGUAUUCCAGCAGAUAUUGGAACUGUUUUUCUUCAGGAUAAAUUUGAAGGUACCAUUAACUCUGUUGAAACGUAUUUGGAAGCCUGGAGUAAGGGUCAUCAUAAAGGAAGUGCAAUACAUUAUGGAACUUGGGAAUCAGCAGUUUAUGGACUUGCACAUGCCAAUGAACUCAGGCCAUUAAGAACUAAACUUUUUCCAAAUAGACUUCCUCAACUAAAACCCAAACUAAAGCCAAGAUCUGCAAUUCACCGCAGUGAUGUAGUUCAAGGAUGGUGUGUACCCUUUCCUGGGUCUGAUCGAUCGGUCAUAUUGCGAUCUCAACGGCAUUUUUUUGACAAGAACAAUCAGAGACCAGCUCAAGUACUGAGCUAUGUUGCAUUCAGAUCCUUGUUUGCUGUUGCCGUUGUAGCAUUGGUUGGAGCUGUGUUUGCAGUACUCGCCAGAUUCCGUUGUGGUAGAUCCUUGUUGCUGAAGUAUCCUAGUCUGUUUUCCCUUGGCAUGAUAAGCCAUGAGGGCCCUUCAGAAGAGGCUGCAGAAAACACGUUUUUUGCUCUGACUGUACGUGGUGAAGGCUGGAAGGAGAAGCUUGCUGAACCAACAGACCAUUUUACUGAGCCUCCUAACAAAACUAUGUCUGUGAAGGUGACGGGUCGUAAUCCAGGAUAUGGUGCUACAACUACCAUGUUAGUCAUGACUGCUUUUAUGUGUUUGACGGAAAGUGAUAAAAUGCCAAGCAGGGGAGGUGUAUAUCCACCUGGAGCUGCUUUUGCUAAAACUUCUUUGAUUCAACAGUUAAUUGAGCGGGGAGUCAAAUUCGAAGUUCUUUCUUCUCUUUAAUAACUGAAGACUUCAUAUUUGUUGUGUGUGACUUCAGGUAGACCACUAAUAUUUUUUUUUUCUUCAUGUUUUACGAAUUGCAUUGUACUACAUAGUAAUUAAAAAAAAGCAUUCCAAUACUUUCACUCAUACUAAAUGUUCUUUAUGUGAAAUACUUUUAUGUGUCUAAUUCACAAUGUUUACAACACUUUUCGUAGAAUUUUGUGUGUAAAAUUGAAUUUCCUAGUGGACCAACUUGUAUUAGAGCUUUUAAGACUGAAUGCCUUGCAUAUAAAAAUAAAGAUAUGGUUCCUUAUCAAAAAAUUAUUUCAUGUAGUAAAACUCCACUCUUCUUCUGAAGGUGAUAUUCAUUCAAAAACCAAUGGCAAUUUUAGCUCCUGGCUGCUUGUGCUAUUGUAAACUUAGCAAAUUUUUAACAUUCCUACUACCCUUCCCAAUAAUGAGUCUCAAAAGAUUUGUUUGAGAUAAUGCCCUACUGAUAGUUAUUAGUUGUGUAGAUGCAACUAAAUACAACAAUUUUUGUUGGAAUGCCAUAUUGCAUUGUGAAGGGUAUCCACUGGUCUCCUAAAUCUGUUUUCCUUAAGUUACCUCUUAGUAAUUCUAGAUUUGUUUGCAUCAGCUUUUGUAGAUCAUGUCACUUGAGUACAUUUAACACCAUAAAAGUGUGUCCUUUUUAAUUUUAUUGUGUAACAUUCCUGAGGAGAAGUAGAUACAGCACUCUUUUAAGACAUUAUGAAAUGUGCAUGACAUGACAGACUCAAGCAUGGACAACACAAAAAUUGAAGAAUGGGAAAUAGUGCUACAUAUCAAAAGAAGAGCUUAAAAGGGUACUAGUAAAAAAACAACAAAGAAUAGGAGUAGAUGGAAUUACCACGGAACAAAUAAAAACGGGGGUAAAAAACUCACGGAUGACAUGUCAAAACUGCGACAGGGAUAUUCUGUCACCAUGCCUAUUCAAUAUACUAUGUGCCAACUAUAUAAUCAGGGAAAGGAAACUAACAAUCAACUGGGAAAUAAUUUCUCACAAAGAAGAUGCAAACAAUCCUCUACACAGAUGGUGUAGUUAUAAUAAUGAAAUCAGAUGACCUACGAGCAAAUAAAUGGCAUGAAACAGCACUGAAAAGUAUCGUAUAAAUUUCCCCUGCAGGGUAAAAUCAAUCGUAUAUCAAGGAAAAGAAAUUAUAGAGUCAAAAUUGCCAUUAAUGAACAAAAAGAACAAGUAUCCAAAUUUAAUUAUUUAGGCAAUGUCAUUUGUUGCAGAUCAUAGGACAUAAAAAAUAAAAUCCAGAAAUACAACAGAAAAUUGAUCUAAUUAAAUGACAUUUUGGAAUGGAUAUGACUCAAGAGAUUAAAUUAAAAAUACAUUAAAUGAUUUCAAAACCAAUGUGCAUAUUCCUGUUUGGAUCAGCAGUUAGGACCAUGAAAAGAAGGGAUCGGCUACAACUACACCCAUGUAGAUGAGAUUUCUACGCUGUCUUGCAGGAGUCACAUUAAAAGAUCAGUAAAGAAAUAAGGAUGUCAGAAAACCGCUUAAAACAAAUUAUGUAGUCGAGGGAAUAGAGGGAUGUCAGAAAAAAUUAUUUUCUCACAUUAAUUGAAUGAAGCAAGACAGAUUCCCAGAAGACUGAGUCAAAGUAUAAACCAUUAAUGCGAAGAAACAUGGAGAGACCAUGUAAAAAAUGGUUAGAUCAGGAACACUUGGAAGGACUAAAAUCCCACCAGGUCUACUGGAAAACACGAACAGACCACUUACCAAGCAAAAUGCAAUAAAUGAUUAGGACAAUUAAUAAUAUUUCCUUUAACAUUAAAGGUAAACGUGUGAGAUGAAAUUCACAGUUUUGAAUCUUUAAACUGCCAAAUGCAAACUAAAUAUUACACUUUAAAAGGAAUAUUGACAACCAAUAUCAAUUUAAAUAUAUCUUUAAACUAUAAAGUUAUUUUUAAAGUUAUGAUUUAAGAUUCAUCUUUCGUUGUACUGGAAUAGUUUCAUAUUAAAAGCAAAUAUUUUGAUGUAGCUAGCCAUUUCUCUGCAUUUUCCGUGUUUCUAGUUUUUUUAAUUUCUGUAUGAAUUCAGAAACCUGUUACCCUGGCAUGGAAUGCAUCAUUAAUUUUUAGAGAUUACCUACAUCCUGAAGGUGUAAUCCUGUUCAUAACAACAUUCGCACCAGAAAAAGAAAAAGAAGAAAAAAGUGCAAGUCACAAAUGGAUCAGAGGGGAAGAGAGUUAGAAGCCGAGUUGGACUGUCACUGAGCUGAGAACGCAAGACAACAGUAAAAUUAGAUGGGCAAAACCAGUCAUCUGUGGGUGCUUUCAGGGUAUAUUUGAACAUGAGACAUCCACUCAUAGCCAGGUAAAUUGUUAAAUUUCUUGAACAUAAAUAGUUCCCUUAAGGUUUCAAAAGAGUGAUAACCAAGUGGAAAAGUACAAUGUUGAUCCUGAAACAAAAACAAUGCUCUGGGCCACACUUGUACCUUUUUUUAAGAUCAACUACUAAUUCACCUGUUAGAUGUGAACAGCUCUAAAUCAAGAGGAGCGUAACUAUGUUUUUUAGCUCCCUUUUCAUUUAAACUUCUUUAUUUACACAUGAUUUUACUAGUAAAUGAAUAAAAUAGAUUCAAGAAUGAAAUUAUAACUAAUGAUACAAUUGAUAAAUAUUGAUUUUAUAUUAAACCAUUUAUAUUCUUGUCUGGUGGCUUGGAUAGUCUCUACCCCAACAUAUUGCAUUUCCCAUACUGUCAGGUUCAAAAGAAAUAAAACAGAGACUAUAUAUAUAUAUAUAUACCUAUGAAAUAAAUCUUAUUUUGCAACACAACUGG